UCACAUCUCACACUCCUACUCACGCACAUCACACUCACUGCAUAAAACAGGCAGACAGAAGCUGCACUAGGCCUCAAGCACACGACCUAACACAUCCCCGCCACCACAACCACCACCACCACCACACACUCAAUGCUCGCCACUCUCCCCCGCGCCGGCCGCAGGGCACUCACCACCGCGUCGCUCGUCUCGCGCGCGCCCCUAGCCCCGCCGUACGCUCACAGCGCGCGCUCCUCCCUCGCGCCGCCGUACGCCCAGCACCUCGACGAGCCGUCGACGUCCAACAAGCUCCGCGCGCCGUACGCCUUCGCCCUCGCCGCCCGUGAGAACGCCCCGCUGCCCCCCACACCGGCGCAGUGGGUCGCCGCCACCGUCAACACCGACUCUGGACGUGCAUGGGCUCUGUCCGCGUGGGAGGAGACCCUCGCCGCCCUCGUCGAGCAGCCCGCCGCGCUGCCUGAGAUUCCCUUCCAGGCCCUCGGCUCGGUCCUCGCUGAUCCGGCCGUUCGCGACACGGUCGCACGCACAGGCGGCCUCGUGAUUCGCGACGUCGUUCGCGACCAGCUUGCCGAGGCUUGGGCCUCGGAGCUCGCCAGCGCGACUCAGCCCGCCUACCACCACCCCGCGCUCGUUGCCGCGCGUGCCAACACGUCGGUGCUCUCCGCCACCUCGCAGACGCUCCGCUCCCUCGUUCCCACCGCCACCGAGGCGCCCUUCAUCCAGGUCGACGCCGCCUCGUCCUCGCCCUCGGCUUCCACCUGGGCCGCCGAGUCGCUCUGGGAGACGGCCGAGACCGCCUCGGGCCCCUCGACCCCAGUGCACGCCCACCUCGCCCUCGGCCGCACCGACCUGCGCGUGCCUACAUCUGCCGCUGCGGCCACGUACGCGCUUCUCCGCCCCUACUUUGCGCCGAUCCGCUCGCGCAUCUCGUUCUACUCGACCGCCGGCUACCUCGAGCCCGCCAACUGGCGCUUCCGCGACUCUGCCGCUGUCGACACCGAGCUUACGCACGUCCGCCCCGUCGAGGUCUCGCUGGCCCCCGGUGACGUCCUGGUGACGCACGCCGGCCUCCGCGUCGCCCCUGCCGACGGAGCUGGCCUCGUUCUUCCCGUGCACCCCCUCCCCUCCACCCCCGGAAACAAGGCGUUCGUCGCUGCCCAGCGCGCUGCCUUUGAGGCCGGCCUUCCUCCCCCUCACGCUACCGCCGCUGUUGUGGCCCUUGAGGAGGGCGGCGACGCGACUUGGAUCGACUCGGUCAGCGGCCGUCGCGCGAUGGGAUACAACUAGACGACGGCGGCCUGUAUGUGUGCAGAGCUGUGCGCGCAACAGCAUGUCGCGCGAGCAGCACAAACGUGCACUUUGUGGAUGUGUUAAAAAAAAAUACGGCCCGAGCCGCAUCGACCCAGCCGCACCGCCAACCUGUGCCUUGCAGCAGCAGCAGCAGCAGCAGCAGUGGCGGCGACGGUUAAACGGCAGGGCCGCCACCUGAACUGCUCGGCGCUGGCAGGACCAGUCGCGAGCAAGGCAGAUUGGCUAGAGCGAGCGCCUGAGCAAGCCUCGUGCGCCACAAUGGCGCAAGGAUACGACCAUCUUGCUACUGUGGAGUGAUACUAGUAAUGGCCGCCUAGAAACCCUACUGUUUCUCCUUCUUCCUUCAUGUUUUUUGGGAUUAGAUUUGGAUUUGGAUGUAUUUGUUACGCCUUU